AUGUAUUUUUAUAACCUAGUCCUGUUGUUCGGACUCUGUGGGGCCUCUUCGCACCUCAACAAGAGGUCCGAGGAGUUUGUCAUCGACCGCAACAACUUCCCGUACGUCCCAUUUGACAUAGGCGAGUCUUACGGUGGCCUGCUUCCUGUGUCUUCCAAUCCCAAUGACACGCAGAAAUUGUACUUCUGGUUCUCGCCUUCAGAGAACCCUGCAGCAAGCAACGACAUCACCAUCUGGCUGAAUGGCGGGCCGGGAUGCUCGAGUCUGAUUGGGUUGCUCCAGGAGAACGGCAACUUCCUAUGGCAGGCUGGCACAACGCAGCCGGUCGCGAACCCCUGGGCGUGGACCAAGCUCACGAACAUGGUCUGGAUCGACCAGCCCGUGGGCGCUGGGUUUUCUCAAGGCGAACCCACUGCUUACGGCUCGGAUGACACUGCCGAUCAGUUUCUGGGCUUUUGGAAGAACUUCGUCGACACGUUCAAUUUGACGAAUCGGGAAGUGUACAUGACAGGAGAAAGCUAUGCUGGCAAAUACAUUCCUUACAUUGCCAAGGCAAUGCUGGAUGCCAACGACACGGAAUACUUUAAUGUCCAAGGAACUAUGCUCAUUGAUCCAGCCAUAAGCCCAGAUGUAGCGUUGGUUGAAAUCCCCAUGCUCGACUUUGUCGAGAACAACCAAGCAUUCCUGCGGCUCAACUCUUCAUUCAAAGAUGAGAUUCGCACAGUCCACCAAGAACAGUACAAUUAUACUUCAUUCUUCGACACAUAUUUCAAAUUCCCCACCACGGGCCCUAUGCCAACCCGGCCGGAUAUAGACGAGGGAUCCUCCCCCUUCCGUACCUACGUCACCGAGGCCGCUACUCUGAUCAAUCCCUGCUUCAACGUCUACCACGUUACCGAUACCUGCCCAAGCCUCUACGACCCAUUGGACACGUUCGAUGCCGCCAACACAGGCCUGGGGGGCUACUUCAACCAGACCGAGGUCCAGCGCGCAAUGCACGCCCCGGAAGUCUCCUACUCCACCUGCGGCCCGCGGUCCGUCUUCGUUAACGACAGCGCAACCGGCGGCCCGGGGAACGGCGGCGACCUGGCCCCACCCGCGUCCUUCGGCGCGCUCCCGGCCGUGUUCGACGGCGUUCCUCUGAACCUGGUCCUGAACGGCGCCCUCGAUAUGCUGAUCCCCUCCGUGGGCACCCUGUUUGCCCUGCAGAACGUGACCUGGCGCGGGGCGACCGGCUUCAGCGCCGAGCCGACGCAGACGUUCGUCGUGCCGUCUUCGACGGGCAAUGCUAGUCUUACCGGACAGGCCGGAGAGAUGGGCACGUGGGCUUACGAGAGGGGUGUUGUGUUUGUGGGUGUUGCUGGGGCGGGUCAUGAGUUGCCGGAGUAUAACCCCAGUGCUGCAUUUAGGCUGCUCGAGGUGCUACUUGGGAGGGUUGGUGUCGAAGACGGCCUUGGGCAGGGGGUUGAUUGGACUACGCCACUGACAUGA